AUGGCCAUCAUGGCGAAGGUCCUCGUGACAGCCGCGCUGGUCCCGCUCUCGCUGGCCGCGACGCUCGGAGGGCACUCGUCGCUGAUGUUUGACGCCGCCGCGGCCAAGAACCGCCCCGUCACCAAGGUAAUGAACCUGCUGAAAGAUAUGAUCAAGCAGUUGGAGAAGGAGGCGGAGGAGGACGAGGACAUAUACGAUAUCCUGGCAUGUUGGUGCGAGACCAACGACAGGGAGAAGACCAAGGCCAUCAAGGACGCCGAGUCACGAAUCGCGCAGCUCCAGGUGCAGAUCGAGGAGGACACCGCCAUCAGCUCGCGGCUCAGCACCGAGAUCAAGAACACGGAGGAGGAGGUCGCCAAAAACCAGGAAGCGCUCGACGAGGCCAUCGCGAUUCGAAAGCGUGAGCUGGCCGAAUUCAACGCCGAGGAAAAAGAAAUGCUAGAGGCUAUCCAGGCGCUCCGCGCGGCCGUGACCGUGCUGUCGAAGCACCACGGUGGCGCAGCCUUCCUGCAGGUGCCCCACACGCACAUGCUCGGUGUGGCCACCACGCUGCAGCACCUAAUCGGCUCCCCGCACCUCGCCGGCGUGCUGACGCACAAGGAGCGACGCGCCGCUUCUGCCUUCAUCCAGGCGCCCGAGGACUUCUUCGACGCGUCGCCCACGAUGGCGGACCAGUCCUACACGCCCGCGUCAGGAGAGAUCUUCGGCAUCCUGACCCAGAUGAAGGAGACGUUCGAGAAGGAUCCCGCGGAAGGCAGCUGUACAUCACCACGCCUGGCCCGGGCCAUUAUGGGCCCGAGGAUGGCUUGUUGA